AUGGGACCGGCUUUCCGAUGCUUCAUCUGUGACAAACUCUGCCACGGUGUGCGCUACCAUGUGCCAGACCAGGACACCAGUACUGCCUGCUGGUCGCCGGAGGAGUCCGAGACGCUGCCGAAGGCUGCGAGCACGGGCUCGCAGACCGCGUCCGGGGAGGAGGUCCAGGAGGUGCUGCUCUUCGGGGGCGACGAGGACUCCAAUGAGAUCAUGCCCAGUUUGCGCGCCUGGCUGGAGCAUCUUCAGCUGGGCCACCACUUGGAAAAGGCCAUGGAGUGGUGCCAGGAGAUGGGCGCCGCAGAGAUGGACGAGAUCCGGGAGAACUGGGAGGACUUCGCAGAGCACCUGGGCCUCAGCGACGAAGAGCGCGAGUACCUGGCCGAAGCUUGCCAGCCUCAAGAUCUGAGUCCGCUGCCUGCGUUGGCGGCGAGCAAGAGCAGAGAGACCUUCGGCCCGGAGGCUGCGCCCUACGUCAUGCAGGAGAAGCUUGGCCAGGGAGCCACCGCCACGGUGUACCGGUGCAAGCGAGGAGAGGAGGAGUUUGCUGUGAAGGUCAUCGAUCUCCAUCGCUUCUGCCUACAUCCAGGUUUUGAUAAACUGCGGCAGCAGAUCAUGAGGGAGAUGUCCCUCCUCUUAAUGCUCCAGCACAGGAAUAUCGUGAAACUGGUGGACGUCAGCGAGUCAUCUCACACCUUCUUCAUGGUCAUGGAGCUGGUGCGAGGGGGGGACCUCAGCGAGUACCUCCUGAGCAAGCCCGAUCGGCACAUGGACGACCGGGAGGCCUGCCACGUCUUCCUUCAGAUCGUGGAUGGGCUGUGCCACAUACAUUCCAAGAACAUCGUGCACCGCGACCUCAAGCCACAGAACAUCCUCUUGGUGGAUCGCCCUGAGGAGGUCCGCGACCGGCGGCACAAGCCCAAGCCCGUGGAGGUGAAGCUCUCGGACUUUGGGCACUCCAAGCUGGUGAGGGACGGCUACACCUUCGCGCGCUCCCACGUGGGCACCCCGCAGUACUUGGCACCCGAAGUUGCGAGCAUCAGCAAGUGCAACUACGACGAGCGCGCGGAUCUCUGGAGCCUGGGGGUGGUGCUCUACGUGAUGCUCACCGGGCAGUACCCCUUCCGCAGCUCAGAGGAUCCGGCCUACCACCAAGGCCGCUUCUCCUUCCGCGGCAGCGGGCGGGCGGAGGAGCUCAUGGCAGGGCUGAUCCGGCGGAGGCCAGAGGACCGGAUGCCUCUGGAGCAAUGCCUCCUGAGCGCCUGGGUCCAGAGCAACCGCCCCAAGGCGCCCCCGCGGAUCCCCCGCCAAAUCACCGCGUCGUCCUUGGCGGCGGCGCCGGCGCCGGUCCGGGAGUUCCGGAUCCGGCUGCCCAAGGCGCCGAAGAAGGUCUCCGAUUUCAAGUCCGAGCUGGACAUGUUCUCGCUGAGGCACAAGGUCUCAGCCUCCCUUCAGCUGCUAGAGGUGGUUGUCACCUUCACCGACGGCCCGGAGGGCUCCAUGGAGACUGCGUGGUCGGAGCUCUGGGAGCUGCUGCACCGGAACUGCCCCGCGCUGAAGAAGUGCAAUGGCAUGUUCCCAGACAGCCACGCGAACUCGCCCAUGAACAUGCACAGCGACCCCAUGCUGGACCAGGAGCAGGAGGCUCUGAACUCCAUCUACGGCGCUGACUUCGAGGCGCUGAGUGACUACGAGUGGCUGGUGAACGUGGGCCAGGGCACCUUCUUGCGGGUGAACCUUCCGGGGGGCUACCCGGGCACCGAGCCACCAGCGGUGCAGGUGGAGUGCCCCCACGGCACGGCGCCCUCCAUCCAGCAGAGCCUCGAGAACUGCUGGACACCCGGAGAGGUCUGCGUGUUCGAGAUGGUGGAGUGCCUGCGGGCCGCGGUGGAGCCGGCGUGCGCCGCGCCGCCCACGGAAGGAAGCGGCGAUGAGACGCCAUCGCCGUUGACCCCGGCCAAGGUCGUGGGGUCUUCGGGCCGACGUCUGACCUCUCAAAACGUGUCCUUUGAGUGGUGA